CAUUACUACGCGACGCCCACGUCGAGGUGAAAGUGCAAGCUGCCAUCUUCGAGCAGAUCUUCUCCAAUAGUUAGGAAAGCAGAAAAACUGUAAGUUUCACUGCACGUCCUUUGCGGGUUUCUUCGACCCGUCGGCAUUCUAAAGAGACACCUGAACACACAUCGCAGCGGGUUUGUUUUAUUUCCAGCCCGGUUGGCGCGUUAGCUCGGAGCUAGGCUGCUCUGCUGAUGGCUGCCUAACGUUAGCUCGGCUGGCUAACAGUUAGCUCUGGCUGUAAACAAACACUUUGGACAGUGAUAGGCGAGCUUAAAAGUCUAAAGCUUUGGUCAAUCAGUUAAAACAUCCUCUCAGUAACCUGGUGCAUUAAAAACUAAGUGGACCGGGUGGUUUAAGACAGUUUAAUAGCCGAAUAGCGUCACACUCUGCACGCUGCAUGCCUGGCCGGGCUAGCUAGCCACACAACUUCAGUUUUGAUGACACGGCGAGUUUGUGUAAACUAGCUGGACCAGCUCCGUUUGUGCGUUGUCGGUCGGUCGAGGUCAGCCAGCAGAACCACAGCCAUGUCGUCCUUCUCCGAGUCGGCUCUGGAGAAGAAGCUGUCGGAGCUCAGUAACUCGCAGCAGAGCGUCCAGACCCUGUCGCUGUGGAUCAUCCACCACCGAAAACACUCGGCUCUCAUCGUCAAAGUGUGGCACCGGGAGCUCAAGAAAGCCAAAAGUAACAGGAAGCUGACGUUCCUCUAUCUGGCCAAUGAUGUUAUCCAGAACAGCAAGAAGAAAGGACCCGAGUUCACCAAAGACUUUGAGUCUGUUUUAGUCGACGCCUGUUCUCAUGUUGCCAGGGAAGCAGAUGAGAGCUGUAAGAAGCAUAUGGAGAGGCUGCUGAACAUCUGGAAGGAGAGGAGCCUUUACAGAAACGACUUCAUCCAGCAGCUCAAACUGGCCAUAGAGGACUCGAACAGCCCGAGGCCUGCAGGUCGGCCCGCUGCAGAGGAGAAGAGGCCUGUGAAACGAAGCUAUCCAAAGGUCCAGGAUGAGGAAGAAGAUGAAGAUGACGACUACAGAAGCCACACCUCCCCUCGCAACACAGACGCCUCAGCAACCCAGCUGACAGAGGAGCUGGUGAAGGCCUUGCAAGAUCUGGAGAAUGCUGCGUCGGGCGAUGCAGCCGUCCGUCAGAAGAUCGCCUCGCUGCCCCAGGAAGUUCAGGAUGUUUCCCUGCUCGAGAAAAUCACCGACAAGGAGGCGGCGGACAAGCUGUCGAAGACGGUGGACGAGGCCUGUCUGCUGCUGGCCGAGUACAACGGGCGUCUGGCCGCAGAGCUGGAGGACCGGAGGCAGCUGGCGCGCAUGCUGACCGAGUACAUCAGCAGCCAGAAGGAGGCGCUCAGCGAGAGGGAGAAGAAACUAGAGGAGUACAAGCAGAAGCUGGCCAGGGUCACCCAGGUGAGGAAGGAGCUCAAGUCCCACAUCCAGAGUCUGCCCGACCUCUCUCUCCUGCCCAACGUGACGGGAGGCCUGGCGCCGCUUCCCUCGGCUGGCGACCUCUUCUCCACCGACUGAGGGGGCUUUCCCCGGCCACAGUGCCCCCCCCACUCAAACCCCCUUAAAUCCCCACCACCACUCUCCCUCCACCCAGUGUCCCAAGCCAGGGUACAAACACUGACACAGACGAGCCGGCCGCCUUUGCUAACUCCAAACCUGAAGAGAGAGGGCGAGAGAGGAGGGACGGUGGGAGUUUUGGUGAAAUCAAAAUGCUCUGCGGUGGCGGGGGUCGGUGGGGCAAACAGAGACUCCGAGUCUUUCAUUCUGGACGUUCCCGCCAUCGCUCGAUUGUCAGAGAUUCCACACCACCAGCUCGGAAUACAAGUUUUCUUCCUGUUUGGUUUUUAGUCUAAAUUUUUUUACGCGAGGGAAUGCCAGUGAUUCUUGAGAGGAGAGGGGGGAAGAGGCGGAGGAGGAAGAGGAGGAGGUGGAGGAGGAGGAGGGGGGGGAAAUGCUAAGCUAUUGACAGACAUCACCGCAGGUUGUCAGUCGAAGCAUGUCUCUCUGUGCGGUCAGGUCAAACAUGGCUGCAUGACGAAGAGUACCUGCCAUCCGUUAUUUUUAAUUUAGUGGUUUUCAGUUGGUGGAUUUUUAUUGACACGUAGCCCGCGAGGUGGUUUUGGUGUGUGUGCGUGUGUGUGCGUGUGUGUGUGUGUGUGUGUGUGUAUCAAGAGAAGAUAUGGGAGACUGAAGAGGGGGGCUCGGUGUACAUUGUAUUUUUGUUGUUUGUUGAAUGUUUAUAGUCAAUAACUGUUACUCAACACUCUCAUUUUGGCUAAGUUUCCCCUGUGAUUAAACGUUUUGGGUUGUCAUGCCAACAGGCCAUGCGCAGUUUUCAGCAACCAGUCUUUUCCUUUCAUUUAGCGUCACCGCUGCCAUCUGCACCCAUCUGUUCUCUCAUUUGUGUCCAUCUGAUGAAGCAUUCAGUUUGAUUCAUUUACACAACAACAACAACAACAACAAAAAAGUUGUAAUCCAUAACGUGUAGGAAGUUGUUUUUCAUGCUGACUUUUGAUGUUGAAGGUGAACUUUAUUUUGAAAAGGAUAUCCUGUGCUAAUCAUCAUUCAUCAGCAGGGUUUGAUCUCUACAAAAGCACAGAUGCAGAAAAUCAGAUAAAAGGUGAUUUUUGAUUUUUAGUUUAUUUUAUUUUUUUUAAAGCUUUUCUUUUUUUUUUGCUUGUUUUCAAAAAGUGGCUCAUGGCCUUACUUUUUAAAUGUGUAAAACCCGUGCUUUAAAACCUCAGUUGCAGUUUCCGUCCCCCAAAAUAGAGAAGAAUCUGAAAAGGCAGCAAGGUGAGGAAAAAUGGAAGAGAUAAUCCCAGCUCGUUCGGAUUUAGUCGGUGUGUGUCCAGUCUUGAAUUGCUUUACUGAAGAAAAGAAAAGAAAACAAAAAACAAGAGUAGGCACAGCUUCAGCUCUCUGCAGUCUUUCUCAGGUGUCCACUACAGUCUUUAUUUUUUAUUUGAUAUAAAAUAGGUGACAAUCCACAUGACAGCUGCAGCAGUUUGGGUAGCGGGGUCGGGAGGAGCGAGGCUCCCAAAGCAGUCUGAGGCAGUUCUUCUGUACAGUUUUAUGUCGAGACCACAAGAGAAUAUGGUCUGCAGAAUUCAUAUUUGACACUCGGUUGUCUGUGUACAGAAACAGAACUCAUUUAUUGAAAAAUUUUAUGAUUUAGAAGAAGUUGGAGAAAUGUAUAGCAAAGACAAAUGACAUACGCUGUGAAAGUAUUUUGAAGCCUGACCGGGGGGCUGAGGGAGGGGUGGGGUGAUAAUAUUGCGAAUCCUUUCAUAAAACUCUGUGACUGAUUGAUCUUGCCUGGCAGAAUGGAGCCCAGAAAGGUCAAAUCCUCCGAAUUAAAUGAAGCAUGGCGGCCGUGGCUCAGAGUUUCAGCAGACCUUCAGUUUGAUUCACUUUAAUUUGCAAUUUGAUUUAAGAAUUACUUUCUUUGUUGAAACGAUUCAGUUGGAUUAGUUUGUAGACCACGAUGGUAGUAGGUUGAUUCAGCAAGAAUUUUAUAACCCCUUAAUAAAUACACAAGUUUUUUUGUUUUUUUUUUACCUUCUGAAAUAUGGAAAUAAAAGACACCAUAAUGACUUACACUUAAUUUAAAAAAAAAUAUUGACAAAACAGUAAUGUUCUGUUUGAUUGGUAGAUCAGCACAUUAGGUCUUUUUUUUAUUAUUUUGAAUGAUUUGCUUUAAAUAAUUCCAUAUGAAUGCAGACUGAAAUCAGUGAUUCAUUCUGUUUCUUUAUCUUAGCAGAUCAGUACAGAAUUAAUAAUCAGUGUGAUGAAUGAACCCAAAAUAGGCCGUGCUCCUGUUCUCUGGUGGCUUUUCAUUUCUGGCAAGUGACAAUGAGCUCAGCUGUCGGGGCAAAAGUAAAUUUUUUCACUUUUAUUGUGGAGUUUAGAUUUUAUUCUGCGCUUCAGAACAGAGUCAAGAAAUUUCCACCCUUUGAACUCCAAUUUACGUUUCACUUUGACCCACAAAUGUAAAAGUUGAAUGGAAAACAGGGUUUCAAACCAGCCGGAACGGGGAACGCAGCGAUCCAUCUACCAGGCAGGCACGAUCGACGAGCAGAUGCUGAAGUGAUGAGGAGGGACUUGAGCGAUCCAGAUGUGCUAUCGUAGAUGUUAGAUCUUUUCUUACCUACUUAACUGUGUGGCAUGUGUUUCUCUCUGCAGAAUCAUACUGUACUACCAGGACUCUACCAGUAGUGGUAGUUUAUUUUUUCUGUAAAGAAAGUGUUUCAGUGGAUACCAAUAAAAAAUGGACCCAUUUGAACAAAAAA